AUGUUGCAGACGAAAUUGAUCGGAUUAUUUUUCUUGUUAGCAGUCUUGGUCUUUGGGAAAAAUGUUCGAAAGUACAAUCUGACCUUGACAUAUGCCUGGGACAAACAAGUCCCAGAUGGUCACGGCCGUCCAACCUAUCUCAUCAAUGGAGAUACCCCUGGACCCGUAUUAACUGUUAAUGAAGGAGAGACUCUGGAAGCAUUUGUGGACAACCAACUGCCCAUAGAAACCACACUUCACUGGCACGGAAUUUAUCAAAUAAAUGAACCAUGGAAUGAUGGUGUUCCAGGCGUUACUCAGUGGGCCACUGAGCCAAGAGAUAACUAUACCUAUCGAUUUACACCUGAAGGCCAGUAUGGAAGCUACUUCUAUGAUGGUCACUUUGGGCCUGCCUUCUCUGACGGUCAAAGAGGUCCGCUUUGGAUCGUGCCAGCUGAAUGGCGACCUCGGCCGUAUCGUCUUAUAACCAACGAUGAGCAUGAAAUCAGAGCAAUGCGCGCAGCGGAAAGUAACCCGCGCCACAUUAUUGUUGCCGAUUGGAAUGAUCAACCUAUGGACAUGUAUCUGAUUCGGUUCCGGGACACGGGAUAUAUCCCAAUCUGCGCCAAUAGCCUCACUUUGAACGGACGAGGCGGAACACGAUGCGAGUCUGCUCAUGAUCUUGAAGAAGCCGGUGGGCCUGGGCGUAAUGAGAGAGGCUGUCGUUACAUGAUUCCCGGCCAUGAGUACACUAACCCUGAAUAUUGCACCGAAACGCAUCCGAAACUAGAGAUUAUUCAGGCUAAUCCAGGAGAAGAAUGGGUUUGGAUUAACUUCAUUCAUUCCGGUGCUCACCACUCUCUCGCAAUUAGCAUCGAUGAGCAUGAGUUCUGGGUCGUUGCGGCUGAUGGUGAAUUUGUUCAUCCGCAGAAGGUCGUAAGAACUCAUGUUAACCUUGGCGAAAGAACGAGCAUUCUGGUCAAGAUGGAUAAGCCGGCUGGGGACUAUGCAUUGAGGCUCCAUUCACUAAGAUCUGAGCAGAUAAUUCAGGGAGCUGGCAUCUUGCGAUAUGCUACAACAAAGAACUCUAAUCGGACAGUUCCCGACACAAAGCCAUGGCUACAUUUGAACGGAAGCCUUGUCGACACUGAGAAGAAAGCCAUGGAUGAAACAAAACUAUAUCCGUAUCCUCCUCGGUCGCCUCCUGAAAAAGCUGACUUCACUCUUAAGUUCAUGGUAAAUAAGACUGGUCCGUCGACUUGGGUGCUUAACGCAGCACCACAUGAGUUCUUCCGUCAGAAUGUUCCUCCCAUAUUGUGGAACGAGAAGUCACGCGGCAAGACUUCGUGGGGAAACUCACAGGGCUUUCUCAAAAAUGGAUCUGUCGUUGACUUAAUCAUUGAAAACGGAGCCGCCGUUGACGCCAGCCACCCUUUUCACAAGCAUAAUCACAAAGUGUUCAUCAUAGGCCACGGGGACGGUGGGUUUCCUUGGAUGAAUGUUGAUGAGGCUAUGAGGAACGGGGGCGAGAAGUAUUUCAACCUGAUCAACCCACCUUACAGAGACGGGUUCACCUCACAGGCCGGAGAAGGAAAGUUUGUCGUAGUACGGUAUAGGAUCUACUUCCCGGCUGUUAGCAUGCUACAUUGCCACAUGAUCCACCAUUUUGCAAGCGGACAACAAGUUAUCCUACUGGAGGGAAUGGAAGUUAUGCCUCCAGUACCCGAGGAGCUAAAACGCAAACCUCAUGUGGAAUUUCAAAUGCCCCUGCGAUAUGGGCCUUUGGACUAA